AAGGUGCGCCUGCGCAACGGCAGGCGCUUGGUUCGGAGUCAGCGCCCCGGGUUGGGGUCAUCGCUUUGAUCCUUCUUGCCUCUUGGAAGGUGACAUGCAAAUGCAGUUGGAUGACUGAUGACAGAAACUUGAAUCAAAAUGCCUAAUUUCGAACAUCCAGAGUAUCCCGAAGCUACCUUGCUUCACCUGGAAAGUAUGGUGCCCUGUCGAGAAUCCCAAGUGUCAUCACUGUUGUCAAUAUUUGGAGAGCGUCAACAUUUUAGCUUCCCAUCCAUCUUUAUCUAUGGACAUACCUCUAGUGGCAAGACCUAUGUGAUGCAAACUCUUCUAGAAACAUUAGAGCUUCCUCAUGUGUUUGUGAACUGUGUUGAAUGCUUUACUUCAAGGCUGCUUUUAGAGGAAAUUUUGACCCAGUUGCAGAGCCUUUCAUCUGAAAAUAAACACGGUUCUCAUGUGCCCUGUGACACGUUUAAUGACUUUGUACGUCUGUUUAAGCAAGAAAUUAUUACUCAAGAUCUACAGAAUCAAACAGUAUAUAUUGUGCUGGAUAAAGCAGAGCAGCUGAGGGAAAUGGAGGCAAAUAUGUUGCCAGGGUUUCUUAGACUACAAGAAAUGACAGACAGAAAUGUCACUGUUAUUUUCCUUAGUGAAAUUGUGUGGGAACUGUUUCGUCCAAACACUGGAUGCUUGGAGCCAUUCACCUUGUAUUUUCCUGACUACAGCAUAGGAAAUCUACAAAAGAUUCUGUCCCAUUAUCAUCCUCCAGAAUAUUCUGCUGAUUUCUAUGCUGCGUACAUUAAUAUUCUUCUUGGUGUCUUCUACACAGUCUGCAGGGACUUGAAAGAGCUUCGACAUCUGGCUGCACUAAAUUUUACUAAAUAUUGUGAGCCAGUAGUCAGAGGAGAAGCCAAUGAACGUGACACACGUCGACUCUGGAAAAAUAUUGAAUCUCAUUUGAAGAAAGCAAUGCAGACUGUUUAUCUCCGGGAAAUAUCCAGCUCACAGUGGGAGAGAAUACAGCAGGAUGAUGGAGAACCUGGGCACUUGAAAGGACUUUCUGCACAUGCUCACGUAGAACUUCCUUAUUACUCCAAAUUCCUUCUAAUAGCUGCUUACCUUGCCUCCUACAAUCCUGCCAGGACAGAUAAGAGGUUCUUCCUUAAGCAUCAUGGGAAAAUAAAGAAGACAAACUUUCUGAAAAAACAUGAAAAGACCAGCAAUCACCUCCUUGGACCAAAGCCAUUCCCCCUGGACAGAUUGUUAGCAAUAUUAUACAGUAUUGUGGACAACAAAGUUGCUCCAACUGCAAAUAUAUUUUCCCAGAUCACCUCUCUUGUGACACUCCAGCUUUUAACCUUGGUUGGCCAUGAUGACCAGCUUGAUGGACCAAAGUACAAAUGUACUGUCUCCUUAGACUUCAUCAGGGCUAUUGCAAGGACCGUGAACUUCGACAUAAUAAAGUACUUGUACGAUUUCUUGUGAAAACAAGCCUCACAGCCAUAUGGACACUGUGACAAUGACUAAAGCAAGCUGUGUUCCUCUAUCUACUUAGCUGGCCAGGCAGAGGAGCAUUUUGGCUCUACUGGAUUUGUCCAAACAGGUGCUGGCCCAGCAUGCAAUCUGAUGAAAAUAUUCUGAUUGGUCUGGGUGGAUCUGAGCAGAGGACUAUUUACCAGGGACCCUGGAGUAUUUGGAAGCAAUGUGUUAAUUAUAA